UUUUUCCCUAUAGUGUCGACUCUGACAGGAGCUAAACGGAAGGAAGUGUAAAAGUUCCUUGACUUUGAGGACACAGUCCCUCCUUCCCCCUGGCAGCCCUAGGCUAGCAUUUUCUCACGUCUAAGGCUUUUUGGAUUUCCUAUCUCUCCAGGCUUUACCCAGGACCAAAUCUGGAGCGAUCCUCCCCUACCCUCUAGAGAUGCGGGACCGACCAAGGCGAGAUAGCAGCUGGGCAACAUCAGGAGGGAAUCAAGGGCUAUAGGGGAGGAGCUCCCGGAAGAAAAGACGGAAAGUCCAGCUGGGAAGAGCUGGAGGUGGAAGAGAAGCCAUACUCUACAUAGUGGCUGGAGAAAGGGUAGGGGGAGGGGGAGAGGAAGGAACGUGUCCGAGACGUAAGGAAAGGGGGCUGGGGAAGGCCGAGGAGGAACACGAAAGGGGGAACUCUCCUGAGGUUGGGCGGGCAGCAUGUGGAGAGCUCGGAGUCCCUCAGGGAAGCUUCGGGGCGGAGCCAGCGUUGGGAGGGAAGCUCACCUCUCCCUAGCUAGAGGCCCUGGAGGUGGAGAGCCGGGGGUGUGGUGCCUGGAAUCCGAACAUUGUCCCCUCCCACCACAGGCCAGUCAAGCCCUCGAGGGUGAGUUGCCACGGAGAGCCCGGCGGCGGGCAGAGCUGCAGCAGUAUGAAAGCCGCUACGCAUCCUCUCAGUCUUUGGACCUGGGGCGCGCAGCAGCUGCAGCAGCCCGAGCUCAGCCUCCUCCGCCCAUGUGUGUGCCGUGGAAAGGCCCGCCGCAGGGCUGGCGCGGGGGCGUGGGGCUGUCGAGGAGAGCCUGGCUUCUGAUCAUAGCCUGGUUCCUGACGUUCUCGGCGCUGGCCGUCUACUUCUCCUUGAUCCAGCUGCCUCCGCUGCCCUGGGCAUACCUGCGGCCACCAGCCCCGCCACACCAGGUCACCGUCCUGAUGUGGUGGAAGCCUUUCUUCUCAAAGUACAGAUCCCACAGUCCAGGCCCAAACUGCCAGCUCCUAUUUAACCUGAGCGGCUGCCGCCUGGUAACUGACAGGAUACGCUAUUGGGAAGCCCAGGCAGUUCUCUUCCACCACUGGGACCUUGUGCGGUCCCAGGACUGGCCCCCGCCACGGAUUGAGCGUGGAGACAAGUUGAAGCUGAACACAACAGCACCUCAAGCAGUAUACGGCCACCUGACCAGGCCCCCUGGACAGCGCUGGGUGUGGAUGAACUUCGAGUCCCCUUCAAACUCCAUAAGACUAGGGAGUUUCGACAGCAGCCUCUUCAACUGGACGCUGUCCUACCGGGCCGACUCAGAUAUCUUUGUGCCCUACGGGUAUCUAUACCCUAGGAGCAGCCCGCAGGACCAGCCUUCUGGGCUGUACCCAUCGCUGGCCCAAAAACAGCGGUUGGUGGCCUGGGUGGUCAGCCACUGGAGUGAGAGCCAGGCUCGGGUCAGAUACUACCACAAGCUGCGCCAAUACCUGAAGGUGGACGUGUAUGGCAAAGGUGGUCCUGGACAGCCAGUGCCGGACUCUGGGCUUCUGCACACGGUGGGCCGCUACAAAUUUUACCUGGCUUUCGAGAACUCCCAGCACCUGGACUACAUCACGGAGAAACUGUGGCGAAAUGCCUUUCUGGCUGGGGCGGUGCCAGUGGUGCUGGGGCCCAGCCGGGCCAACUAUGAGCGCUUUGUGCCUCGAAAUGCCUUCAUCCACGUGGACGACUUUCCUAAUGUUGCUGCUCUGGCCUCUUACCUUCGCUUCCUGGAUCGAAACCAGAACCAGUACAAGCGCUAUUUUGACUGGCGCCGGCGUUAUGCUGUGCACGUCUUGUCCUUCUGGGACGAGCCCUGGUGUCGGGCCUGCCAGGCUUUACAGAUUGCUGGAGACCAACAUAAGAAAAUUAACAACUUAGCUGCCUGGUUUCGGAGAUGAGACUUCACUAGGCCAGGGUCCGGGGUAUUCUGCAGAGGGUAUUACAUGGGUUAACAAUCUUCUGCAAACGGUACUGUUUAUAACAGGAAGACUCUGAAGUUCUCAGAUCAGGUACUUGCUGCCCAGCUUCCACACUGGUGUUUUAGAGUGGAGCGGUUGAGCUCUUUUAAAACGUGUAAGGGUAAGGAGAAACUUGUGUCUUGCCAGUAGCCCAAAUUGACUGUAUGUGAUCUGUAUAGGUUAAGCAAUGCAGCUAGCUCACUGACCCCUCAGCAGCUCCUCUUUUAACUUGGGGCAAGUUAAAAGUGGUCACAAAGUGCCUUAUUACAAUGGAAAGCCACAUCUUCAUUAGGUGCCUUAAAGCUUCUAGCUGAAUAGUGAAGCUCCUUCAUUUCAUGUCCUAUGAGUAUUGUUGAAGAAACUGAGAAUGUUUAUUAUGGACGGGAGAUGUCUUAAGAGGAACUUGACAGUUAAUUUAAGUAUUUGAAGAGUUUAUCUGGUAGAGGGAUUAAACUUGUUCUUAGUGACCCCACAGGAUAGAGCAAGGAGCUGUGGGUAGAAGUUACCAAGACAAACUUAAACUUGAUCUAUGGGAAAAUGCCUAACAGUGAAAAUUAGAGCUGUAUAACAGUGGAAACAGGCCACCUCUGAUGGACUGGUGAGUUCUCCCUUCCAGGAGGUCUUCAAACCAAGGUUGAAUGGUUCCAUUGCAAAGAGGAUUUGGGUUCAGGCAUGGUUUGAACUCCUGAGGUUCCUUCCAAUUCUGAGUCAUGCUUCCUGAAAGUCAAGAUGACCUUCCUGAAGAAGCUAUUAGUGAUUUAGCCAUCAGCUAUUGUGUCCUGUCCUCUAAAUAGAGGGAAACUAGAAGAGAGGGAGGAGAGUAGGGAAAAAAUAUAGUAAAAGUUAUGUGUGAACUAAUUCAUAAGUGUGCACUAAAAGAACUCUGUGGUGAAUAUCCCUUUACAAUGCGAAAAAUGACCUGAGAUAUCUUGUGAAUACAGAAUUUUUUUCCUGUAUAUUUAAUUUUCUGAAAGCAGACUUGAGGAAAAGUAGUGAAACAAGCCUGUUUCCCUCUUCCCCCAAGUAACCGUUUACAAAAGUUCUUAUGCAGAAAUAUUCAUCAGAAGGAAAGAGAAGAAAACCUUGUUGGCAGUCUCUCCAUAAAUAUUUAUUUCGUGUUUUAGUAUAUUUAAAUUUUAGAAUUUCAUUCUUCCUGUGGGGCUUGCUAUGUCUUUCUUAAAGAUUGCUUCACCCACAAAGCUUCAUCAUACUAGCAUUUAUAUAGCACUUUAGCAUUUGCAAAGUGCUUUACAUAUGAUCCCAUUUGAUUGUGGGGAAUUAAGAAAUUAUGUAGAAAAGGGGGAAAAGAUUUUAUUGUUUGUUAAAUUAAAAUUUUUUUUUUAUUUUUGUAUGUUAUUUGUAAAUUACCCAAGUGUGUAGUUCUCCCAUGUGUUUGUUUGGAAAAAGUUAAUUUACCCAGGAUUACUUGGUGCCUACAGUCAUUUACUACUCCAGUUUUGCUGCUAAACCCUUUACUGGAACAAGAUCUUGUGUCUUCUAGUUAGUAAGUGGGUUUGCAUUUAUUUUCUGUUUUAAAAAUGUACCCUGACCUACUAAUAAUACUACUCUUUGAGCCUUUGUCAUAGGAACUCACUUUAUUAUUAAACACCUAUAUUCAGUUUAAGAAUUUCUAAAAGAACUAACAUUCAUUCAUACUCUAUGUAGGAAAGUUAUGGGUGAGAGAAAUAUAAAGAUGUAUAAGGACUCCUGCCCUCUUGGAACUUAUACUUUAUGUAAACCUUAAAGAAAGCAGUGCACUUCAACUAAAAUUAGUGCACAUCAGCCAAAGCAGAUUUCGAAGUCUUGCUAUUUAUCAGUAGAUACAAAACAACUGAUUUCCAGUCUUCCUUCUGUAACUGUCUUUUUGUUUCUUUCACUAAUGGCUUGGGGGGUCCAAGAUUAAUUGAAUUUACCUCAAAUUCUACUCCAUACUAAUGCCAUCAUAUAGCAAAAUCCAGUUUUUGAAAUGUAUAUACCACAGUUCAUUAUUCUGAGUACUUCAUAGACUACACAAGUACAAUAGUCCCUAGCUAAAUCAUAAGACAGGAAGAUUUGGCUCUAUUUGAAUUUGUUACAGAUUUGUUAGUUGACUUCAUUUUUAAGUGCCUUGUUUCCACUACUAGCACCCUCUUUUUUUUUUUUAACCAAAUAAGGAUAUUAAUUUUGAAAAAAUACGAUCUGGGGAUAAAAUGUUCUCUAAAGUAUUUUAAAACAUGGGUUUUAAAGGAAGGAAAGUUUAUUCUUAAAAGUGAUUGUUUAUGGGACUUUGGUAAUGUAGUCUACACCGAACAGGAAAACCAAGUUCUCUUACAGAUUAAACAGUCAUCUGAAUGAAUAAAAGGCAGUUUUAAAAGUGUCUAGGCUCUUUUUCUUUUUCUUUUUUGGCAUUUUGGUAAGGCAGUGGGGUUAAGUGACUUGCCCAGGGUCAC